GGGAGGCGGGUCAGCGACGGGGGCGCCCCCCUCCCUCCGUGGGCGCGGCCUCGGCGCCCCCUCCUUCCAUCUGGCCUCUGCUGCCUGCGCGCUCCUGCGUCCCGCUCCUUCUGCCCGCCGGUGCCGCCGGGCCCUCCGCCGUCGCCUUCUCGCUCGCUCCUUCCUACACCUGCUGCUGCUGCUCCUGCUCCGGCGCCGCGAUGGACCUGGUGGGGGCCCUGGACGUGGGCGAUCUGGCGGCCGCCUUCGCCCGCCUGCCCGUCUUCCCGGUCUUUGACCUCGGCUACUUCGUCGUCUCCAUCCUCUACCUCAAGUACGAGAAAGGUGCGGUGGAGCUCUCCUGCCAAAGCCCCUUCGCCUCCUGGGUCUGUGCAAUGCUCUAUUGCUUUGGCAGCUACAUCCUGGCUGACCUGCUGCUCGGAGAAGCCCCGAUUGACUACUUCAGCAACAACUCCAGCAUGCUCCUGGCCACAGCAGUCUGGUAUAUGACUUUCUACUGUCCCUUGAAUCUCUUCUACAAGUGCGUCAGUUUCCUGCCUGUCAAACUCGUUUUCGUGGCUAUGAAGGAGGUGGUCCGAGUGCGCAAGAUUGCUGCCGGGGUCCACCACGCUCACCAUCACUACCAUCACGGCUGGCUGAUCAUGGUUAUCACUGGGUUUGUCAAAGGUUCUGGAGUUGCCUUGAUGUCCAACUUUGAGCAGCUCUUGCGUGGCAUCUGGAAGCCGGAAACAAAUGAGCUCCUGCACAUGACCUUCCCCUCAAAAGCCAGCCUGUACGGGGCAUUGCUCUUCACCUUCCAGCAAGCCCACUGGCUGCCCAUCUCCAAAGCCACCCUGAUCUUCUUCUUCACCCUCUUCAUGAUCGUCUGCAAGGUGUUCCUGACGGCAACUCACUCCCACGGCUCACCAUUCACACCCCUGGAAGGCGCUGUGUGCCCCAUUUUCUUUGGCUCCAUGCCCACCGGCCACCAUGACCACCACCACCACCACGGAGGCGGCCAGGAGCCGGUCCCCCCCCUGGCUCCCCAGCUGCCAGCCAAAUCGAGAGAGGAGCUCAAUGAAGGCACCCGGAAGCGGAAAGCCAAGAAGGUCGAAUGAGCCUUGGGGCAGGCCAAGGGCCGAAUCCGUCUGGACUCCAUGCCAGGUGUGACUUUGCUCACCCUCGGGGGCUUCCUGAGGAGUCUGCCAAGGGCCCCCCGUGCCCGCCAUCUCGUCACUGCUAUUGUUUAGCCCCUGGCCGCUAGCGCUUGGGUUGCCAAAUGGACACACCUGCUGGCCCUUGGUGACCGUGGUGAGCCCACUCUCCCUUUGCCCUACAACCCCCCUUUUCCUCCCUCAUCUUCACCCAUGGAGGAGCCGGAAUGUACUUUGAGGUCUAUCAAGUGACAGAGAGCAGGCAAGCAAGGGGCCUGUGGAACUGCUCCCUGCCUUCAGGCCAACGUCCUGCUGCUCCUGAUGGGCCUUGAGCGUGCUGUCUGGGAUCUAGCCAGGUUCCACCACGCCCUGCCAUUUUCUUGUCCUGCAGCUAGUUCUCUGGACUGUCGCCUUUUCUGCAAGGCCUCUGGCGCCUGCAGGGAAGAGCGCGUUGCAGCUGUCCUUGUGUGCCAUUGCUGUGUAUUUCUCUGUGUUCAUGCAUGCGCCCGGCUCCCCUCCCCAGAGCUGGCUCAUUCCGCAGUGGGGAAAUGAGACCUGUGUGCUUAAGAGCCCAGUUUCUGUGCAAAGCACUCUGCCAAAGGCCCACAUAAAUUAUUUAUUUAUUGAU